AAUUGAGCAAAGUUAACUGCCUUACCCUCCUGCUCAACUGCAAGGUUGGUAAUAAAAUUGUUGACCUUCCUCAGUUGGGCUCGAUCCUCCUCGUCGCUGCUAAAAAAUAGUAGUAACUUCCGUUUUUAGCGUUUUCACAUCACAGUUUGCUAUCGUUCGAUGUCCAGCAACGUCAACCACACUGAAUUUAUCAUCAGCUUAGCUUUUUGUCCAACUCGUAAUUUCCAAAAUCCAACAAGUACUAGUUAAUUCAUUAUUUGUACGAGGAGACGACGACAAUGUGGAAGUAACAAAACAAAAUGAUCGGACACAGAACAUUGGAUAAUAUUUUGCCUUGUUGUUGACCGCAUGAAAGCAACCCGGGUGAUCAUCGUUUAUCUUCUUAUCCAUAAAGACGAGAGACUAUAAGAAAUAUGAUCGACUCGGGAGAUAUUAAUUGGUGUAAAGAAACCACGUCUAAAAAAAGGAGGAUGGCGACUUCAUGUCAACCAACUACUCGGAAAGUUUCUCGCACUUCAUUUUUAUCUGUUGAAGUCAUUGACGAAGCAGAGCAUCAUAAUCCUUUGAUGGAUCUUCCUAUUGAGGUAUGGAUGACGAUCAUGACGUUCAUUCCGCAAAAAGAUAGAUUGCAACAUCGUUUGGUGAACAAGGCUUGGCGAAAAUUAGUUGACGAGUGCUCUACCUUCAAAGUUUCGUAUAAUGCAGUGCCGCCACAGUUGCUUAAUCACGUUCUUGGUUUGCGCAUUCGAGGUUGUGAGUUUAGUGGGACAAGGGAAACAGUAUCAACGUUUGCACACCCACUGCUGGUCAGAGAGAUAACUUUUGGGGCAUGCAUGACAUCAACAACUACCAAAGAAAUAUUAUCCCAUUGCAAAAACGUCGAAUACUUGCGAUAUUUUGUAACCGAAAGAUCAGAUACAGCGUUUCAUCCUAGCGUUGAACAUGAAAAGUACCUCCGUCAGUUACGGAGAUUAAAGUCAAUUGAAAUUGGGAUAUUGUUCUUUGGACGGAACAGGAGCUCUACAUCUGUGGCAUCGUCAGUGAAAACUCUUUUAGGGAAUCCUACAAUAUUAUACAACGGGCUCCAAGAAAUCCAAAUUCAUUUCGAGUUGACUCAAAAUGAAUGGGAUAUAUUUUAUGCGUUUAUUAAUCGUCAUGCUGCCACCAUUUGCAAGUUGGGAGUGUAUCGCCAGUGUAUUUGUGAAUACGACGAGCAUUUCAAAGAGGAUGCAUCAUCCGUACGUGAUCAUUUAACCACUGCUUUCAAGAAAUGUAAACUCAAGAAUGUAACCAUGAUUAGAGGUGCAAGUUAUAAGUGCCGAUGUUCCGGAGCGCUAUUGUGGUCUCAUCUGCUUGGACCACAGUCUGGCGUUGAGUCAUUGUGUACUGAUCUCGUGCCAAAUGUUGCAGUACUCAAAGAUUUUGUGCAAAAAAAUCAACGGACUCUGUCCAAAUUGAGUCUGCAGGAUGUUUCUCUUGGAAUGGAUGCCCAUAUGGAUUUCUCCGUAUUUCAAGAAUGUACAAGACUCCAAUUCUUAUCGUUACACUUUUUAAGCUGUGCCGUUAUCGUAAUGACCAUGAAAAUGGAAAAGUCACCAUCAGAUGAAACUGAACGGUGCACACCCUUCACGGAACGUUUCUCGGAAUGUAGUGGACUGCAAUUUUUACCGAAAUCUCUUAAAUCUUUAAGUAUUAAAGGCUGUGAUACCUUGUCUUCGACGCUGAGGGAAAUGAGCUACAAAUUAACAAAUUUAACCAACUUGUAUUUGGGGUCCUCGGGGAGUCCCCGACGCUGUGGAUAUGGGAUGACCAUGGACGUCUUUCUCGAGUUUUUAUUACGUAUGCCCGACUUGAAUCACCUAACAAUACAUCGCACAGUUUUUAACUUUUCAAAGGAUCAAGAGACCAAAAUUAGGGAACUGGGUAUCGCUAACGGGGAAAAUGCUGAAUAUGUAGACUUGAAUUUGUCAAAAUGGCCACGACAUGAUCUAAUUGAGCAGCUUAAGAAUAUGUCUAAAUAGAUGUAAAUAAAUAGUGCAAGUGUUUUUCAUGAAGUUAAAGUGUGCUAUGUGCAUUUGCGUGAGUGGUUCAUCUGCAUAUCUUAGCAAGUGACUGGGCUGGCGAUAGAUAAAGACGGAUAUCUCGAAUGCCAAGACGAAGAUUUAACUUUUGGUCCCUAACAAACUUGAAACUGUUCUUAUCAUGUUCUUCAUAAGUGUAUCAUUAUCGCUCUUUUUGAUGCUACAAUCUGGUCAUCCCCUCGCUGCAUCCUUGGAUAAAAUCCACCCACAACCGGUGAUAUUCCAGCGAGGAGAAGGACGCCGUUUUAUUGUUGUUUCUUUUUUAAAUAUUUUUAUGGUCAACUUGUUUCGUGUUUUAUUUUGCGUAAUUUUAUCGCGCAUCGCAUUUUCAAUUGCCAAAAAUUAUUACAAGUAUGGAUGGAGAGAUCUCCAUCUCUCUGUGCGAGUCUCAAUUCAAGUGUGUAGUGUGGUUUGGUUUUAAAAUUUGCAUUAUUAUGUAAUUUACCCCCCACCAACGUAUGAAGGAACGUAUUUGUUGUUUAAAAUUUUUGUGGAAAUAAAUAAAAGUGACAAAGUCGUAUAAUGAAUUACCGGA